CACUUCCCCUCACUCGCGCUGGGACUGAGGGAGCAGGGAAGGCAGCUUUGCAGGUUGGGAUGGCGAGUGCAGACGACUUCGAGAAGGUGAGGUCUCAAGUGACCUGCUCCUGCUGCCGGGACUUCUACCGGGACCCCAUGAUAUUGCAGUGCGGCCACAACUUCUGCCGGGCGUGCGUGGUGAAGCGGUGGGAGGCGGCGGGCGGAGCGGCCAGCUGCCCCCAGUGCAGGGAGACUUUCCCCGAGGACGCCGAGCUCCGCAACAACCGCUUGCUCCACAGCCUGGUCGAAAGCAUCCAGAAGCUGAGCGUCACCCCGAGCCAGAGAGGUGGCCGCUGCCGGAGCCACGACGAGAGGAUCAACAUGUUCUGCCAUGACGACCACAAACCGAUCUGCAUCAUCUGCAGCGCGUCCCACGAUCACAGGGGUCACGCGGUCGUACCGCUGAAGGACGCGGCCGGGAUAUGUGAGGAGGAACUGAGAGCACUGAAGGGAUCCCUUGAAUCGAAACUAAAAGAGUAUUCCAAAAGUCAGAGUGAAGACAAAGCAGAUCAGGUGAAGCUAAAGAAACGAAUCAGCGAUCUGCAGGAAGACAUCCAGGCGGAGUUUACCAAAUUGCAUGGCUUUCUGAUAGAUGAAGAACGGAGAUUCAUGAUGAAGCUUAAAAACAAGGAGAAGCUUAUUGUACAAUUAGAGGACAAUAUGAAGAAAAGUUCUGAGGAAAGUGCGGAAAUUAGAAAAUUCAUAACAGACAUCCAAGAAGCGCUGCAUCUGCAAGAGGAGGAAUUAGUUAAGACUGCUAAAUACAUCAUCAACAGGUCUCACAAUAACUUCAAGAAGCCCACCAAAGUUUCUGUUGACCUGAACCUGGCCGAGGUCAUUGGACCAGUGCAGUAUAUCACAUGGAGACGGUUGCUGCAGACCAUCAAUCCAGCCCCCAAGUUUGUGACUCUAGACCCGAUGACGGCACACCCACACCUCAAGGUUUCCGACGACCUGAGCCAUGUGAGGCGUAGCGAGACAGCGCAGGCAGUUUCUUACAACCCGAAAAGAUUUAGCAACCGGCAUUGUGUGCUGGGAUCCAAGGGGUUCACCGGUGGACGCCACUACUGGGAGGUGGACGUGGGGAGCUGUACCUUCUGGGUGCUGGGCGUGGUGAGCGAAUCCAUCUCGAGGUGCGGAAACCUGCCCCUGGCACCCGAGGCGGGAGUGUGGGCCAUUGAGCUGAGGUGGCAGGACGGGUACAAAGCCCUCAGCUCGCCCCCUGCCUGCCUCACCCUCAACGCCAGACCCAAAAGGCUGGGAAUCUACCUGGACUAUGAGGGGGGCUGGGUGACGUUUUACGAUGCGGGAGAUAUGUCCCAUCUCUACACCUUCAGUGACACCUUCAGGGAGAAGCUCUACCCUUAUUUCAGCACCAGCUGCAAAGCUGACUCGCUGAGAGUCAUCUCUUUAUAG